AGAUAAGAACUUUGCAUAGCCUAAAGCUCCAUCAGGGACUCCUUUUGCAUAUCCUGUCCCUGCCUUUCGUGCUGUCACGGAGGGAGGGCAGACUUCUAGAUGAAGCAGGGCUGCGUUGAGCAAGCCGCUCUGUCUCCAUGUGGACUUAGAGAAGAAGACAAGCCUUCAGCGUCACUCUGUGGGCUUCGGUUCCCCUUUGCUUCCUCUUUUUCUGACGCACCGCAUGCGGGCUGUGCGCCUCAGUUCAAAUGAGCGCAAGGAACCGCUAGUGUGAGAUCUUCAUCAUCAUCAUCAUCAUCACCAGAGACCAACGAGGAGGUCCUAAUAAGGAGGAUCCGCGACAAAAGUUGGAUUACUUUCGCACAUUUUUAUUUUUAACCAACUAAAGCCAUGGCUUCGGUGUGGAAACGGUUACAACGAGUUGGAAAAAAGGCUUCAAAGUUUCAGUUUGUUGCCUCGUAUCAGGAACUGGUUUUGGAAUGUACAAAGAAAUGGCAACCAGACAAGUUGAGAGUGGUGUGGACGAGGAGGAACAGACGCAUGUGUUCCAAGCUCCACAGCUGGCAACCCGGGAUCAAGAACCCAUACAGAGGCAUGGUGGUGUGGCCCGUCCCAGAAAACAUCGACAUCUCAGUCACCCUCUUUAAGGAAGCCAAUGCUGAAGAGUUUGAGGACAAAGAAUGGACGUUUGUCAUAGAAGGGGAAAACAAAGGUCACCGUAAGGUGCUGGCAUCUGCUGACAUCAACCUGAAACGCUUUGCCAGUCCAACGCCGACCCAGACCGACCUGACGCUGAACCUCAAGCCCCUGUCGGUCAAAGUGGUGGAGGCCACUCUCAAGCUGUCACUCUCAUGUGUGUUCGUUCGAGAGGGAAAAGCCACUGAUGAAGACAUGCAGAGCCUUGCCAGCCUCAUGAGCGUCAAACCCACAGAUAUCGGCAACCUGGAUGACUUUAACGAGAGCGAUGAAGAGGAGGAUAGGAAGUCUGUGACUUCAACAAUUGCUUCACACACACUUACCCGUCCAAACCGCCCCGCUCCCCCACCUCCUGACCAGCGACACUCUGCUGGAGCUUCCAUUUCUGCUUCAGUCCACUCUCGCCCUCCUCUGCCAAUCGCCCCUCGUCCCUCACCGCGUCGCUCCAGACAUCCCCUCGCCGCUGGCGCUUUCCAGUCAGACAUGCAGCCUUCCCCUGGCCCCUCCCCUCAGCCCUCGCCCAGGUCCAAGCAUAAAAAAUCCCCCAUCCCUGCUCCUCCAGAGGCCUCUGUUGUGGCUGACUCUCCAACCAGUCCUGUUGACAAGAUGUCCGCUCCAACUGGUGUGCACCAUGUUCCUCCACCUCCUGAUCACCUCAUACCUGCUUCUACUUCCCCUUCAUCAUCAGUGAUCUCCUGUUACGAUGGAAUUCCUCCAAAGUCAACCUCUAAUUUCCCCUUAGAUUCACCCGAAUCAUUACUUCAAACUGCAACCUCAUCCCCUGAAAUGCCAAAUUUGACUGUAUCCACCACUCUUACCCAUAAGUCCAUCUCCACUUCCUCCCAUUUGCCUCUUCCUAAACAUCCCUCCACCCAAAAACCCGCUGUGUCCUCCGCUCAGCCUUCCCUCACAUGGGUCAUCUCUCAGCCUCCUUCUCUGCCCAAAAUCUUCCAGUCAGGUUCAGCUAAAGUUCCUGUCUCACACCAGCGGGGGCCCCCAGAUAUUCAGACUGCAACUGACUCUGCUUCUUUCUUGGGACAGUCACACGUUUUCCAACCUCAGGUGGUAAAACCUGUUGCCCGUCCCACCUCUCCCUCCCCUCUGUCUGCUGAGGCCUCACCCCUCGCCUCAGCACCACCUCUCCCCACCUUGUCCACAUCAGAGUCAGGUGCUCAGGGUUUGUGGCUUGGCUCUGUUCCAUUUGCGGGCGACAUUGCCCCCGUCCCUUUACUGAGUUCCCCAGAUCUCGAUUCUCUUUGUGACCCAGAGAAUCCCAUCUGCUCUGCUGGCCUUUCACUGCCUGCACUCCCUUCCUCUUCUCUUUCCAAACCUGGUUUGAUCUCCUCCCUUCGUACUGUCACUCCUCCUUCCGCUCCACCUGCUCAGAGCCUCUCCGCUCAAUCAGGGCCAGCAUUCUCUCUUCCUCGGGUGGAUGAAGAAACAACUGUAAGCCCCCAGAAAAACCAUAAAGAGGAAAAAAGCAGAAUAUCUGACUAUCCAGUUCUGGAUUCGAAGAUGGGCAAAGAAAAAAGCAAAGGAAAGAUCAGUCCCUCCCGCUCAGAGCUGAUUAUAGCUCCGCCCCCUCCUUGGCCAUUCUCCUCCACCUCUGAGCUGUCCUCCACCAGUGUCAUAGCAGCAUUUAUCACCGCUAAGCAGCCUCAUGCUGAGGGGAGAACCGAUUUGAAAAUGUCAGCUUCAAACCCCUUUAGGAGUGUCGUGGCAGAGCCUGAAUUUGACGUUAAUAAGUCGUUUAGCUGGGGUCAAAAUUCAGGGGGCUUUUUUAUGGAAGAGGAUAACUCUAAGUACGAUUCUAUCAAAAGGUGUCCUCCUUGUCUUGAACAGAAAACUUGUGAAAAGAAAGAUGGAGAAAAGCCUUCAGUGACAGAACAGGUAGCCGGGGCAACAAUGGUGAUGGUGGAGGACAAACAAGGGGAGGCAGAUGUGCUAAAGAAACAAGUGGAAGAGGAAAAGAGGAAGCUGGUAGAAGAGGAGAAGAGGAGGCUUUUGCAGGAAGCAGAGGAGGACAAGAGGGAAAAAGAAAGAAUGAAGCAAGAAGAAGAACGACUUAUAAAGGAGAAGAGAGAUAAAGAAAAGAAAGGACAGGACGAGGAAGAAAGAAGGCAACAAGAACGAGCAAGAGAGCUCCUGGAGGAAGAGAAAGAGAAGGAGAAACUCAAAAUCGAAGAGGAUAAAAAGCUUGAGAGAGAGAGAUUCAGGAAGAAGAUGAUAGAGGAGGAGGAACAGAUGAUUGAGGAAAGGAGAGAGCAAAGGAGGAGAAGGGAGGAGGAGAAGAUCAAACUGUUGGAGCAGGAAGAGAGGAGAAGGUUGGAGGAGAUUCUUCUGCAAGAGGCGAAAGAAAGGGAGGAAGAACGACUAAAAGAGGAGACAGAGAGAGAAAAGAACAGGAAAGAUGACGAGGAGAGGAAGUGUCUCCAAGAGGAAGAGGAAAGAAAUAAGAGAAAACUGAAAGAAAUGGAAAAAAGAGCAAAGAAAAAGGUUGAGAAGGAGAAACUCUUACAAGAAGAACGAGAGAAGAUGAUGGAGAGGAGAAAAAAAGAGGAACAAAUGAAGACAGACGAAGAAAAGAGAAUACAAUUGCAAGAAGAGCAGAUCAGACCAGAGGCCGACCUUAAGAAAACCGAGGAAGAUGAGGAAAAAAGGAGGCAGGCAGAGGAAAAAGAGAAGGCCGAAGUGCAGAUGUCUGUAAACGAAGAAAAGAAGGAGGAGGAGGAGAAGCAAAACCGAGAGGAGCAGGAGAGACAAGGUCAGCUCUGCAGGAAGGAGUUCAACAAGUCAGAUGAGGACAAGAUGACAACUGCAGCUUCUUUCCUUCUGAAACCCUCCCACUCACCUUCAGAUGAAAAAACACAACUUUCUGCCUCACACUACCCCCUGCUGGCCAAAACCAGUAUUACAACCGAGCAGCUGCCUGAACAAACCUCCAGUCAGUCAGAAGACAGACAGAUGUCCAGUCCAUCAUCUAUUAAAUCCAGCUCCGCCUCAGACGAGCGUCUGAGCCCGACUCCUCCCUCGCUCUUGAACAUUGAUAAACUUGAAAUGAAAACAGGCUCUGCUGCUCAGAUUAAACCAGUAACUGUGGAGGUUUUUAGCCCACUGACACCUCCACAAAUGCUGUCUGAGGCAGAGAUUCCUCUUUGGAAAAUGCUAGAAGAGAGAAAAAAUGAAACCAUCUCUGCCAAGGAGAGUGCAAAACCUUUGUGCAGAGGUUUACAAGCUGAAGAGGACACCCGUGAAGAGGAGCAUAUUCAAAAUGUGAAAGAUUCAGAGACUGAUCAGAAAGUCCCACAAGUAUCUCAGCCUAGCUCACCAUCACUUCCAGAGGAGCCCAGGGAGCCAGAAAUGCCCACUCAACCAUCUGGUGAGCAGCCAGCCCUGGUGCUGGAAUCAGAGUCAGACCUACAGGAGGCAAAAGAGCUCCAGCCAUCAAAUAAGCCACAACAUGAGGAAGUUCAUGAGGACAAAUCGGCAGAGAGUUUAGUGAUCAGCGAGGAGCCGGUGUGCGAAGCAGAGAAGCAGCUGUGGGCAGCUGUGGAGGAGACCACAGCAGAGACAGGAGGACUGGAAAGCACUGAAAGCCCCAUACAGGAACAGGAAAAGGAGGAGGGUAUAAUAGGGGGUGCCCAAACAUGUGCACACACAGAGGAAGAAGUGUGUGUUGCAGAGCAGCAGGAGGUGUCAUCUGCUGGUUUCAUGUCAGCAAUGGUGGGAGUGUUGUACAGGGGCUACGAGACAGUGGCCUCCUUACUGCACACAACUAAAGCAGAUCAACUGCAGGCCUCACCAGAACAAGAACCCCUGCUCACAGAUAAUGAAGACCAGCCAUGUUUGUAUGAAGAUGAUGAGCCCGUGUGUGUCACAGAUGUGGGCAUGUCGCCACCCACAGUCCUCUCCGAAACAACAGAACAGAUGCUUUCUGAAGAGGAGAUAUCCGAAACAGAUUUGUCUCUGGAACCACAAGGAAAAGGCAAACAGACUUUUGUACAGAGUCUGCGACAGGCUGCCAUUGAACAGGAACAAAACAGAGAGCAGGUAGAGGACAAUACAGAUGAAGGAAAAACAGGGAUAAAAGGAGGCAACAAGAAAGAGAGCAAGGUGGAGGAAAGAAAUAAGGAAGAAACAUUUAGGAUAGAAAAUGAGGAAGAAAAGGUAAACUUUUUAAAAAAGGACACAAAUGUAAAAGAAAAAGAGAGUCUAAAGACAGAAGAGGAGGAGGAAAGAAAAUAUAAAGAAAUACUAAUGAGGGAGGGAACUGAAAGAAAAUAUAAAGAAAUACUAAAUAAGGAAGAAAAGAAAAGUCAGGAAAAAGAAAGACUGGAAAAGGAAAAUGAAGAGAGGAAUGAAAAAGAGGGAUUUGAAAGGGAGGAACGAGAGAGAAUAGAAAAAGAAAGACUUGAAAGGGAGGAAGAUGAGAGGAACGAAAUGGAAAGAUUAGAUAGGGAGGAAGAGGGGAAAAAAGAACAAGAACGACUGGAAAGGGAGGAAGAGGAGAGGACUGAAAGACAAAGACUAGAAAGAGAAGAGCAAGAAAGACUAAAAAGGGAAGUGGAAGACAGGGAAGAAAAAGAAAGACUGGAAAGGGAGGAAGAGGAAAGGAAGGAAAGAGAAAUAUUUGAAAGGGAAGAACAAAAAAGACUGGAAAGGGAAGAGGAGGAGAGGAAAGAAAAAGAACGACUGGUAAGGGAGGAGGAUGAGAGGAACGAAAGGGAAAGACUAGAAAGGGAGGAAGAGGGGAGGAAGGAAAGAGAACAACUGGAAAGGGAAGUGGAGGAGAGUAAGGAAAGAGAGAGACUGGGAAAGAAAGAACAAGAAAGACUAAAUAGGGAGGAGGAGGAGGAGAGAAAAGAAGAACCCAGAUUUCAAAGGGAAGAGGAGCAAAGGAAAGAACAAGAAAGACUGGAAAGGGAAGAAGAGGAGAGGAAGGAAAGAGUGAGUUCCAAAAGGGAGGAAGAGGAGAGGAAGGAAAGAGAACAACUGGAAAGGGAAGUAGAGGAAAGGAAAGAACAAGAACAACUGAAAAGGGAGGAAGACGAGAGGAAGGAAAGACAAAGACUGGAAAGGGAAGAGGAGGAGAGGAAAGAACAAGAAAAACUUCAAAGGGAAGAGGGGGAUAGGAAAGAAAGAGAGAGACUGGAAAGGGAGGAAAAGGAGAGGAAGGAAAGAGAGAGACUGGAAAGGGAGGAAGAGGAGAUGACGGAAAGACAAAGACUAGAAAGGGAGGAAGAGGGGAGGAAGGAAAGAGAACAACUUGAAAGUGAAGUGGAGGAAAGGAAAGAACAAGAAGGACUGGAAAGGGAGGAAGAGGAGAGGAAGGAAAGAGUGAGACCGGAAAGGGAGGAAGAGGAGAGGAAGGAAAGACAAAGACUGGAAAAGGAAGAACAAGAAAGACUAAAUAGGGAGGAUGAGGAUGAGAGGAAAGAACAAGAACGACUUCAAAGGGAAGAGGAGCAAAAGAAAGAACAAGAAAGACUAGAAAGGGAGGAAAAGGAGAGUAGGGAAAGAGAGAGACUGGAAAGGGAGGAAGAGGAGAGGAAGGAAAGAGUGAGACUGGAAAGGGAGGAAGAGGAGAAGAAGGAAAGAGUGAGACUGGAAAGGGAGGAAGAGGAGAGGAAGGAAAGAGAGAGACUGGAAAGGGAGGAAGAGGAGAGGAAGGAAAGACAAAGACUGGAAAGGGAAGAACAAGAAAGAGUGAAAAGGGAAGAGGAGGAGAGGAAAGAACAAGAAAAACUUCAAAGGGAAGUGGAGGAAAGAAAAGAACAAGAAAAACUUCAAAGGGAAGUGGAGGAAAGAAAAGAACAAGAAAAACUUCAAAGGGAAGAGGAGGAGCGGAAAGAACAAGAACAACUGGAAAGGGAGGAAGAGGAGAGGAAGGAAAGACAAAAACUGGAAAGGGAGGAACAAGAAAGACUAAAUAGGGAAGAGGAGAGAAAAGAACAAGAACAACUUCAAAGGGAAGAGGAGCAAAGGAAAGAACAAGAAAGACUGGAAAGGGAGGAAGAGGAGAGUAGGGAAAGAGAGAGACUGGAAAGGGAGGAAGAGGAGAGGAAGGAAAGACUGAGACUGGAAAGGGAGGAAGAGGAGAGGAAGGAAAGACAAAAACUGGAAAGGGAGGAAGAGGAGAGGAAGGAAAGACAAAGACUGGAAAGGGAAGAACAAGAAAGACUGGAAAGGGAGGAAGAGGAGAAGAAGGAAAGAGUGAGACUGGAAAGGGAGGAAGAGGAGAGGAAGGAAAGAGAGAGACUGGAAAGGGAGGAAGAGGAGAGGAAGGAAAGAGAGAGACUGGAAAUGGAGGAAGAGGAGAGGAAGGAAAGAGAGAGACUGGAAAUGGAGGAAGAGGAGAGGAAGGAAAGAGAGAGACUGGAAAGGGAGGAAGAGGAGAGGAAGGAAAGAGAGAGACUGGAAAGGGAAGAGGAGGAGAGGAAAGAACAAGAAAAACUUCAAAGGGAAGUGGAGGAAAGAAAAGAACAAGAAAAACUUCAAAGGGAAGAGGAGGAGAGGAAAGAACAAGAACAACUGGAAAGGGAGGAAGAGGAGAGGAAGGAAAGACAAAGACUGGAAAAGGAAGAAGAAGAAAGACUAAAUAGGGAGGAGGAGGAGGAGAGGAAAGAACAAGAACGACUUCAAAGGGAAGAGGAGCAAAGGAAAGAACAAGAAAGACUGGAAAGGGAGGAAGAGGAGAGUAGGGAAAGAGAGAGACUGGAAAGGGAGGAAGAGGAGAGGAAGGAAAGACAAAAACUGGAAAGGGAGGAAGAGGAGAGGAAUGAAAGACAAAGACUGGAAAGGGAGGAAGAGGAGAGGAAGGAAAGAGAGAGACUGGAAAGGGAGGAAGAGGAGAGGAAGGAAAGAGUGAGACUGGAAAGGGAGGAAGAGGAGAGGAAGGAAAGACAAAAACUGGAAAGGGAGGAAGAGGAGAGGAAGGAAAGACAAAGACUGGAAAGGGAGGAAGAGGAGAGGAAGGAAAGACAAAGACUGGAAAGGGAGGAAGAGGAGAGGAAGGAAAGACAAAGACUGGAAAGGGAAGAACAAGAAAGACUGGAAAGGGAGGAAGAGGAGAGGAAGGAAAGACAAAGACUGGAAAGGGAAGAACAAGAAAGACUGGAAAGGGAGGAAGAGGAGAGGAAGGAAAGACAAAGACUGGAAAGGGAAGAGGAGGAGAGGAAAGAACAAGAAAAACUUCAAAGGGAAGUGGAGGAAAGAAAAGAACAAGAAAAACUUCAAAGGGAAGAGGAGGAGAGGAAAGAACAAGAACAACUGGAAAGGGAGGAAGAGGAGAGGAAGGAAAGACAAAGACUGGAAAAGGAAGAAGAAGAAAGACUAAAUAGGGAGGAGGAGGAGGAGAGGAAAGAACAAGAACGACUUCAAAGGGAAGAGGAGCAAAGGAAAGAACAAGAAAGACUGGAAAGGGAGGAAGAGGAGAGGAAGGAAAGAGUGAGACUGGAAAGGGAGGAAGAGGAGAGGAAGGAAAGACAAAAACUGGAAAGGGAGGAAGAGGAGAGGAAGGAAAGACAAAGACUGGAAAGGGAGGAAGAGGAGAGGAAGGAAAGACAAAGACUGGAAAGGGAGGAAGAGGAGAGGAAGGAAAGACAAAGACUGGAAAGGGAAGAACAAGAAAGACUGGAAAGGGAGGAAGAGGAGAGGAAGGAAAGACAAAGACUGGAAAGGGAAGAACAAGAAAGACUGGAAAGGGAGGAAGAGGAGAGGAAGGAAAGACAAAGACUGGAAAGGGAGGAAGAGGAGAGGAAGGAAAGACAAAAACUGGAAAGGGAGGAAGAGGAGAGGAAGGAAAGACAAAGACUGGAAAGGGAGGAAGAGGAGAGGAAGGAAAGACAAAAACUGGAAAGGGAGGAAGAGGAGAGGAAGGAAAGACAAAGACUGGAAAGGGAAGAACAAGAAAGACUGGAAAGGGAGGAAGAGGAGAGGAAGGACAGAGAGAGACUGGAAAGGGAAGAGGUGGAGAGACUGGAACAAGAAAGACUAGAAAGAGAAGAGGAGAGAAAGGAACAAGAACAAUUGGAAAAGAAAGAAGAGGAGAGGAGAGAAAGAGAAAGGCUGGAAAAGGAGGAUGAGGAGAGGAAUGAAGAAGAAAGACUCGAAAGGGAAGAGAAAGAAAAAGACCGACUGGAAAGGGAGGAAAAGCAGAAGGGGGAGGAAAUGACAAAUCUUGAAAGGGAGGAGGAAAGGAAAGAAAAAGAAAGACUUGAAAGAGUAGAGAGGGAGAAAAACGUAAAAGAUAGGCUGGAAAGGGAAAAGGAGGAGAAAAAGGAACAAGAAAGACUUAAAACAGAGGAUUAUGAGCAGAACACAGUAAAAAGAAAUAAAAGAGAAGAGGAGAGGAAUGUUGAAAAAGGUAAACUAGAAGGGGAAAAGGAGGAGAAGAAAGAAAGGUAUCAGCCAGGUGAUCAGGUAUCUGCUCACCUGGGGAAAAUGGAAAACAAUGUGGAAAAAAUUCAACCUGAAGAAAAGGAAAAUAAAAAGGAGGAAAAACAGAGGAAGAGGAUGGUGCUGGAACCUGAAAUGAACCAAGAAGAAAGGAGGAAGUCUCUUUCCAAUGUCCCACCUCUCCUGAGUGAACUAAAAGGAGCUCAGUGCUUACAAAUUGAUGAUAUGACUUGUGAUGAAAUGAUGCAGAGCAGCAAUGGACCGCACAAAUCUGAACCCCAACCAUUGAGUACAGUAACACCCGAUCUUGGAGUAGCUGGACCUGGGCCCAGAACUCAGAAACCAGUGGAAAAAACGAAUCUGAAACCAGACCAAAGAGUGGGAUCCAGUCUUAAAGAUGGCAGCAUCCCUGUGUGGCUGAGAGAAGAAGAGGAGGAGGAAGUAGAAUAUGAAAGAGGACAGGAGGAUCUGGGCUCCAUCUGGCUGGAUGAAUUGUAUAUGGAUGUGGGAGCAGGCCCAAGCAGCCAGUCUCCAGCUGGAGCCCAACGGCUGUCUUCAGCCCCCUGCAGUGAACAAACUGUCAAGCAAACCUCUGAUGCCAGUCAGCCAAACUCGCCUCAACUUCCUGUAAUCAAUCAGGCAAAUGAUUCACAUCCUACACAUCUGCUUGUGUCUCAUAAGGAAGAACUGUCAACAACAACCAAAAGACACAACGAUGAUGUUAAAAUCAUCACACAUUCACAGGAAGCUCUUGAAAUUCACCCAAACAAAGACAUAAACACAUUGGACAACGAUCAUCCACAGAUGGUCAAUUUUCACUGUAGUCUCUCCAAAGAACAGCAGCUUAGAGAAGAAGAACGAUUCCUUCUGUUGAAAAUUCACCAAAUGUCAAGCGACACAUCCCCUCACUCUAUCCCUCGGAGUUUGAAAAGACUGAUUCCAACUCCUGGUGAUAUAGACUAUGAUGAUACAGAGCCUACAAGCCAAUCAAACAUCCCCACCUGUCAUGUUUAUCAGAGUCAGCAAUCUAUUGCUGCUUGCUUUGAUCUUCUGCAGGAAAUAUCCUUAAAUGAGACAGAAGAGCCUCUGGAAGAGAAGGAAGUGGCAAAACACCAACCAUCCGAUCUUCCUGAUGGUGGAGGGAUGAGGCAGCCUGUAAACACCAUCAUCACGUCCUAUUGUGAGAUCAAUACUUCUCGGCUUCCUACAUUAGAAGAGGAGGAACCUUCAGAUGUCAAAACUUCUGAUCCUGUGAAGGUGACCGAGGAGGAGACUACUGAUACAGCUGAGGACUUGGUAACCUCGAGUCAGUCGCUGCUGCAGUGGUGUCAGAGUGUCACCAGUGGGUACCAGGGGGUAAAGGUCACAAAUUUCAGCACAUCCUGGAGAAAUGGGCUGGCCUUCUGUGCCAUCCUGCACCACUUCCAUCCGGACAAAAUAGAUUUUGACCAGCUGGACUCUCAUGACAUCAAACUCAACAAUAAGAAGGCUUUUGAUGGUUUUGAAGCACUGGGUAUAUCUCGUCUGAUGGAGCCGUCAGACAUGGUCCUCCUGUCCGUCCCCGACAGGCUUAUAGUUAUGACAUACCUCAGCCAGAUCCGGUCCCACUUCACCAACCAGGAGCUGAGUGUCCUGCAGAUAGAACAAAACAGCAGCGAGUCCAGUUAUGGUCUGGCCCUCUCUGGUAUGGCGCCCACCAAAGUCGAUGCUGCAGCUUUCUGCAUGGCCAGACUGACUGAAGGUGUGAGCCUGGAGCAAGGGGGAAGCAGCAGCCUCGUUGUCCCACCACCAAGAAGCAAGCGUGUGGCUAAAGUGGAGGAGUCAAUAACUCCAGUUCCACCCCCGAGGUCGAUCACCAGAGUGGCAAAAGGUGCACAGGCUCAGGAUGGAGAUGCAAAGAGCAAUUCUUCAGAAAACACUAACAGAGAUUUGCAGAGGUCAGCUGAGACUCUUCCUCAUAAACAGGAAGAAGAGACUAUGUGUCUGCAGGACACCAGCCAGUAUGUGCUGAGCGAGCUCACAGCUUUGGAGGCGGAGCAAAAGCACAUUGACAGCAGAGCAGCUGUGGUGGAGAGGCGACUGCGGAAUCUUAUGGAGACAGGAAGUGACCGUGAUGAAGAGGAAAGGCUGAUCCAGGAGUGGUUCACUUUGGUGAACAAGAAGAACGCUUUGAUACGCAGACAGGAUAACCUGGAGCUAUUGCAAGAAGAGCAUGAUUUGGAAAGGAGAUUUGAGCUUCUGAAUAGAGAGCUGCGGGUCAUGAUGGCCAUUGAAGACUGGCAGAAGUCACCCAACCAGCAGCAGAGAGAACAGCUUCUCCUCCAGGAGCUGGUGUCACUCGUCAACCAACGAGACGAGAUCAUCAGAGACAUCGAUGCAAAGGAAAGAGGAGCCCUGGAGGAGGAUGCGCGCUUGGAGCGAGGUCUAGAAAUGAGGAGGAGAAAGUACAGCAACAAAGAAAAAUGUGUGUUACAAUGACAAGGUCAGGUUUUUAGGGUGUCAUAGAAAUAGCUGAAAAAUACUUUUUGUAAAUGUGGAAAAUGAUCGCUUAUUUUUCAGAUAGCUACAUUUUCAGAGUGCCUUUUAUUUCCCAAAGAAAAGAAAAGCUGCAAUUUGUUCUUGAAAAGUUAUAUUAUUUUAAGUUUUUCUCAGUGUAAUAGUAUUUUGACUCUGAUGAUCCAUUUUUAUUUAUUAAAAAAAGAUUUUGUCACAUUUAUUGCACAAUUUUGUGUGCAAUUAAUGUGUUUUGUUUGUGUGUAUUGUUAUGACAUAAUUCAGUAUUCAAACACUGGUUUGGGAUUUUUUUCUUGUUUCAGGAAUGGUAUUGAUUAGUCUCGUCUACAUGAAAUUAAACUCAGCCAAAAAAUGCCUUAUUUAGAAACAGUUUGCAGAGACUUUUGCUCAUCCCAAAUUAACUGAUUACUUUAAGGUCAUUUUAUUCCAAAAACUGUUCAAACUGGACCCAAAAAAAUGAACUAAUAUUAUAAAGUUCAUAAUGAAUAAUAUAAUUGAAUCCAUUGUGACUCAAACCCAGAGUAUGUGCAGCCAAAAUACAAUUUUCCAAAUUCAGGAUGACCCUGAACAUCCUUUUAUUUUAUUGUAAAAAUAGUCCAAAAAUGGACUGAUUGAUGCUGGACUGGGAUUUUCCUUCAAGCUUUGUUUCAGUUAAGUUACUUGAACCAAACUACUGCCUGUCAGAACGUCAUGUUCACAUCUACUGAGUUAAGAGAAAUGAAAGUGUUCCUUUGUUUCUGUGUUUUAACUGACUGCAUGUUUUUGAAUGUGUGAAAACAAAUAAAUUAAUUUGAUUGCUUAUUUA